UGCUGACAGAACCUAAUCUUAACAGAAAAGCUAGGGGUGAACUAAAAUUAGUGUACCAAUUGUGGACCGAUGAAAAAAAAAACAUUUAAUUUGUACACUAACUGUAUUUUCUCGUCAAAUUCACAUUAUAUUUCCAUAUAUACUCUUUUAAAAACGUGCGGUUUUUAUAUCCAAUAUUUCCAUGAAAGUUCUUUUCUGAGCUCGAUCAGAUCUUAUAGAGAAGAAAAGGAAGGGGUAGUGAUUGAUAAUUAAUUGAUCAACCACAAACGAAUAUAAUAAUUAAUCAAUUAAGAAAUUAAUCAUGCCUCUUCCGUGGAAGAAAUCAAAGAUCGGUCAAGUUUCACAAUUCAUUUCAGAUCUUAAAUCAUCAUCAUCCAAACAUGGUGGAUCAUCUCUUGUUGUUGAAACAGGUUUCCCAACUUCUUUAGUAGAUUUAAUGAUCAAAAGUCGAGAUCGGUUAAAAAAACCUUCAAAGAAAAACAAAAAAUUGUAUGUUAAUUCUUCUGAUUCUGUUAUUCCUUCUCCUUCUCCUCCUCCUCCUCCUCCUCCUUCAUUGAAUUCAACUAUGUUAAUGGCUCCUGCGUCUCCUUCUAGUAUUAAGACCCUAAUUAGGAACCAUAUUUCUUCUUCUUCUUCCUGUAAUGAUGAUGAAAACAUUGACGAGAUCAUUUCUACUACCACUCAACCAAGGAAAAAGACUUUUUUGUUUAUGUUCAAGUUAUUAUUGAUCUUAAGUCUAGGGUUUGGAACAAAGAAGAUUGCGUUGCUGGUUACAAUUACAGCUUUCGUUCUAAUGUUAGUUGAAAUAUGUGGUAAGAGUUUGAUUUCUAUCUUGAAACCAUGUCAAGAUGUAAAGGAUAAUUUAAAUUCUGUUGUCGAGAGUGUUUUAAAUUCUGUGCAACCAGAAUUAGACGAUGAAACUGAUUUUUUGAAGAACAAGAAGAAUGAUAGCGAUAUUGAUAGUAGUUUAAUUGAGCAAAAAGAGAUUAUAGUUGAUGAGAAUUUGGGUUUAAUUGAAGUGGAAAAUGGGGAUCAAAAUUGCACUGAGAAUGUGAAUAGUGCUAAGAGUGAAAGGGGAGCGCUGAUAAUUGCUGAAAAUGAAGCUAAUAUAAAGGAAGAAAUUAAGAUUGAACUUGACUUUGAUUCCCUUCGUUGUGGGUGUAGAUGGGGUUUUUCAGAAUCAGAUCAAAAGAAAAAAUUGGUAAUGAAGGAUGAUUUAGAGCUAAUUGAAGAUUCAAAUGCCAAAGGUUUGAAGAAAAAGACUAGUGUUAAAUUCAAUUCAAAGAUGUUAAAGAAAUGUUUUGUACCAAUGCUUAGAGGAUCAAAGAAAAAGAAGAAGAAGAAAAUCAUUAAGGAGAGCUAUUUGGACUGCAGGAGGGAAUUUAUAUCAACUUCAGUGAUUGAAGAUGACGAAAUAUUAAAAAAUAGAUUGGAUUACCAGGAAAAUGCAGAUGAAUUGGAAGAUGAUGACGGUGAUGAACAAGAAGUAGAAGAAGAUGGUGGAUUAGCAGAUGAAGUCACUUCUGGGUAUUUUUCGCAGAUUGAAUUGGAAGCAGAAUUGAAACCAAUUGAUGUAAGCACAAGGAUCACAACAACUUGGAAUUCCCUACUGAUGAUACCUUUACUUGUCAUUAUUAUUCUGAUUGGACUCACCGGAGGUCGGCUCAUUGCACUUGUAGCUACCAUAAUUUGGUGUCUAAUAAUAACACUGAAAACGCGAAUUGCCAAGAAAAACCAGUAGGGAUUUUUUGUUUUCAGAAUUUGAGAGGCUUGGUGGAACAAUAAGAAGCAUAAAAAGCCUUAACAGUAUGUAUAUAUUAUGUUUAUAACUUGGGUUCCUCUUGUAAAGUUCAGAACUUAUUUUUUGUCGGAAGGCAGUGUCAUUGGAGCUUCAACCUUGUGGUGUUUGAUGCAACGAGCCAAAAAGGAUAAUGUACUCUGAGAUUUCAUACUUGUAAAACUUACUAAUACACAAAUUCUCUGGCAAGUAAUAAUAAUGUGUUACUGAAA